UGGGGCGAGUGGGGCAAGAAGUCCUUUAAUUUGCCAUCUCAACGAAUGCGGACUCGAGUUCCGCUAAAACCUCAUGUCAUUUUUGAUGAGGAUAGUAAACUCAUAUGGAUUAAGAAAGAAUCUUGGAGAGUUCAUUGGUUUCAGCAAGACUCGAGUGCGACCAAUGUUUUUCAUUUGGAGUAAAAGACUCGAACCCGUUCUCGUGCCGGCAUAAGUAAUACAUAACUACCUCGCAGACAUAUGUGAUGAUGUGUACUUGACAACGAACUUGUCCGCUGUUCAUGCCUAUGCCUCCUAUGUUCCCAUGGCCUCUGUCAGUCCGGUAACUAGCAGAGAGACGAGAAAGAAAGAAAAAGAGAGAGAGAGGGAAAGGAGCCAAACGUCAACAAUGCAAUUCACAUUGAGUUAGAAUACAGUAAUUGUUGGUUGGUUAUCAUUGCCAUGAAUCAUCGAUCAAUGUGUAUCCCCCGCCGUGAUUGCCCGUAUUCAUAUGGUACAUCUGAAAUCUCUCUGAAAAUACGUUGACGUGAUAUCAAGACCAAAUUGAAGGAAUUUGUGACCAUUUCUCUCGCUUCUGAGGUGAGCAAAGGUGAGCUCAGGUGCGGGACGAGACUAUGGGUAAAAAGUCCGGCAAGCCCAGCAGCACCACGGCCAUGACCAAGAAGCAAGCUGACCGCCCAAAGCAAUCCGCUGCUGGAUGCGGGGGCGGAGGCGGAGGCGGCUCCCAUUGGUCCACCCGAUCAGGCCCACACAAAAUCGGGAUCCUGGCAUUAGUCAUUCUCAUUGGUUGCGCCCACCGAAGUCAUGUAUCCACUUUAUAUGAAAACGAUCGCCACUUUUCGCAUUUGUCCACUCUGGAACGGGAGAUGUGCUUUAGAACCGAAAUGGGAUUGUACUACUCCUACUUCAAGGCCAUGAUUGAGGCUCCAACCUUUCUUCUUGGCCUACAAAACUUAUACGCUAACAAUAUUACCGAGUUUCCGGACACCAUCAACACGCUCAAGCGGUUCAACUUGUAUCCUGAGGUAUUUUUGGGCGGAAUUUUUCGUGUGUUUUCGCAAUACGCUGACGCUACCCAGUGGAAUGUGAAACAAUGUUAUAAGAUCAAUCGAGGAGAGGGUUUGAGCCCCGUGGAAAGCUGCGAUGGAAUCGGGGAUCCAAUGAUCUUUUACACCAAUGCAGUCUGGAUGUUCGCCGCCUUCAAUACCAUAUUUUUGUUCCUGGUCACUACUGAAAUCAGCAAUACCAUCGUGGGUGGAUUGAUAACGGUGGUUUGCUACUUUUACAAUCAUUCCGAAGCAACCCGGGUGAUGUGGACUCCGCCGCUCCGAGAGAGUUUCGCCUUUCCAGUGUGCGUGGCUCAAUUACUCAUGGUGACGAUGACUUUACGUGACCGUCAUUUCAAUGCGUUCCAGAUGGGUUGGAUCGCAAUGUGCUCGUGUGCUUUUACAGUAAUUUGGCAAUUUGCUCAGUUCUCCUUGCUCACGCAGCUCUGUUGCGUGUAUGCCAUUUACGUUCUGGGAAUCAUUGGAAAACCCACGUUCCAAACCAUCCUCUGUGGACAAUCGGUCGGCCUCCUGAUGGCCUCCAGCUUAAUGUUUGGCAAUGAGAUGUUGCUUACGUCGUGGUUAUCGUCGGCUCUCAUAUCGGCCCUAGCCCUAGUGGCGAUCCCCGAAUCCAAUUGGGACAAACUGCCGACUCUGGUUCGAAUUCCGGUCCAUGGACUUCUUUUGCCCGUGGCCACGUUCCUCGUCAAAACAUCGUUGACAAAGUUGUUCCAAAUCCAGGAUGAUGCCCACAUUUUCGACAUUUUGCGCUCAAAAUUCACCGACUACCAAGAUUUCCACACCUUGCUGUACACCUGUGCUCGUGAGUUCGACUUUCUCGGCUGGGAGAUGCCUUGGAAGACCACGCAGACAUUGCUGUUGCCCACGGUGGGACUGGUCUUGGUUCUCGUGGGUCUGAGAACCGUAUUGGACACAUUUCUCUCACAAGACAAAACCAUCACGGCCUGCAAGCACCCUGCCACGGGUGUCAAGUCCCCUACCAAGCCUGCUGCAUUGAUCGUGAUGGAUCCUAGUGUGGCUUAUAAUCUACUCCAACUAAUCUGUUAUGCAGGAAUGGCCAUUAUCAUAAUGAGAUUGAAGCUCUUCUUUACUCCCCAACUUUGCAUCGUGGCUGGAAUCAUUGCAUCCCCUCAGAUUUUGAGCGUGUUAUCCAAGCGUCGAGACGUCCAAGUGGCAUUUCUCGUCGCUUUAAUCGCAGCUAUGAGUUACAAAGGCCUUUCUAAUCUACAAGAUCAAAGAAAGAUUAUGGGUGAAUAUAGCAACUUGCCCCUCGAAGAACUUAUUGACUGGAUAAAUGGAAACAUUCCUCCCACGAAAUCUUUGGCCGGAGCGAUGCCAUUAAUGGCCAAUCUACUGCUCUCCACCCGAAGGCCCAUUAUUAAUCAUCCCCACUACGAAGAUGUGGGUUUGCGAGAGAGAACCAAGAGAGUGUACGAGAUGUACUCGAGAAAGUCGCUUGAUCAAGUUCAUCAAACCAUGGUCGAAAUGAAGGCCAACUAUCUGGUUUUGAGUAAACCCUAUUGUCUCAAUGGGAACAUGGGAGGCUGUGGGAUGACCGAUCUGUGGGAUGUCGAAGAACCGGAACUAAAGCACCUUGAGCAAGUUUGUCCCAAGCUUUACAACCAACCCAAUCCAAGGCCGUUCACUCGAGUAUUUGCCAACAAUGACUACGUUGUACUCAAAGUGCUGUAGCAUCCAACGAUUGCCUACUCAUUGCCGCCAUUAAGCUUUAUAGUUGCAUUUCAAGUUCCCAUUAUCCGAAUCUCACCUGCCCAUGCCCUAUGAUCUAAUUUGGUUUCUUUUGAGUGCUAUCUAUCCCUUGGCUUGUUUCAAUGAAUUGCUUGUAAACAAAUGUGUCUCAAAUAAAUCGAAAUACUUUUUGCACCA